AAUGUCAGACGUAACUGUCAAUUUGAGCGCGAGCAAAGCAAAUUUAGUUCACAACAAUCGAAUCGCAUGUUUUUGUAAUUCUCAAAAACAAUUUAUAGUGAAAUGGCGGAGAAACUUGAGGACUUGAAUCUCCCAUUGACUGUCGUCACUCGUAUUGUGAAGGAAGCAUUGCCAGAAGGAGUUUCAAUAUCAAAAGAGGCACGUACCGGUCUCGCGAAAGCUGCGUCCGUUUUUGUAUUGUACGUUACUUCUGCGGCAACAAAUAUUGUUAAAAAUAAGAAGAAAAAGGCCCUAACAGGGCAAGAUGUGUUAGACGCUAUGCGGGAUAUAGAAUUCGACAGAUUCGUUGAACCUUUGAGUGAGGCAUUUGCACAAUACAAAAUUGUGGCAUCGGCGAGAAAGUCUGGAGGUGGAAAGAAGAAAGAUGAAGAAGACGGAGAAACUGUAGACUUAGAAUAAUGUGAUAAUUAGAUUUAAGUGUGUAUUUAAUAAAUUUUUUGAUUUA